UGCACUCUGCAUCUUCCUGCCCUGCAGCCCAUGCAAGAACAGACAGACUUAUCAGCAGUCCAGAGGUGGUCACACAUUUGGUUUCCCAGGAACUUUCCAACUAGGACGUACACACACAUGAAAAGUAAGAGAAGGAAGUCAAUUAAAUAUUAAUAAAGCAGGUAAUGAAGCAUAAUAGAGUUGAUUGAUGUCAAACAGAAUUCAGGCCAAUCAAGUACAUCAUCUCAACUUAUCUACCCAUGUAACCUUUGGCUGAAACAGAUAUACCCAAGGCUGGUGGCUAAUAAUAACAUUAGCUAAUACCUGCAUGAUAGACUACAUUGAAUCCAGAUUUUGCCUAAUAGAAUUAUAAUGUUUCAGAAAGUAUGAUGUACAGAACCCAGCUGAAUAUUUUAUUAUUAAACUAUCAAGUUUAAACAGUAUUUCUAGAGCUCACAUUUGACUCUACUAUAUUCAGUGCUCAUCUCCUGUACCCCUGUGGGAAGAUGGCCUCUUAGCACGUGUCCCGUCUAGCAAAGCUCAGGAACGAUAUAUAAAAGGCAAGCACAUUGCCUUCUGGAAAUUUGCAUCCGUCCAUAGUUACACCUGACAAAAGCUAACACAACACAAGCUACAGCCUUGUUUAAAUUUCCAGCUGACUGACAUGCACACAAUCGUGAAUGAAAAGCAAACAGUGGAAAAUAAUGCCUUUUCCCCUUCUCACGGUCUGCGGGGAAAAUGCUGUGGCAGAGCCAGGCGUUGGGCUGCAGCCUGGUUUCCAGAAAUCACACAGCUCUUGGGAGAAUGGAGUGUCUGUGGCCUUUCACACACCAGCUGCCAGAAGUUGUGGUUUUUAAGUAAAGCUUCAAAGUGGGCCUGGAGGCUAUCAGCAGGAAGCCAGUUAAAACAGAUAGAAAAAUAAGAGGGUCAGGGGAAUCUAUUUUUUGCUGUAUGUGCAAAAAUAAAAGGAGAGUCUUGGCAUCUGCGCCUUUUAGCAACGGGCAGGGGAAAGCUUCAGUCAAGGUCCCGGGACCCUUUAGAGGUCAAGAUCGCCUCCUAUAGGAAUCUCCAGCUCCCAGCACUGCCAAGCACCCGGUAACUGGGCAGUCCAUCCAGGCAGACGUAAACUAGAGCGAAAAUAUCCCAGCCGCUCUCUGUGAUACGGACAAGUUUCCCAAGAUGCUAAUUCAGGAGUCUGGGGUGUGACCGGACUUUAUGAAUUUUCAGCAAGCUCCCGGGGGAGGAGGCGAGGCGGGAGAGGGUCUGAUGCUGCCCGGCUGGCCCACGGCCCACACGUGGAAGGCCAGGUCGGUGGAGGACGGGCGGACCACUGCAAACGUCUUCUGUCGCAGUUCUGCAUCACACGGCUGUCCCCAGGAAGCUGCCGCGCGCCCCCAACCUCCCCGCCCCCAGGGGCUGGCGGGGCCGGCGGCUGCGGGGUGGGUGCCCGCGGCGCCCCCAGCGGCGAGCCGAGGUCUGCGCGCCCGCCUAACCACGGCCUUCUCUUCCCCAGGGGAGGAGCGACCCCGGGACUCCCCGGGCCCGGCGGAAGCCCAGGCGCCGGCCGGGGCGGAGGCCGGCGGGAGAGCGAGCCGCCGCUGCUGGACAUGCUCCCGGGAGCAGCUCAAGAAGAUCUUCUGGGGCGUGGCGGUCGUGCUGUGCGUGUGCUCCUCCUGGGCGGGCUCCACGCAGCUGGCCAAGCUGACCUUCAGGAAGUUCGACGCGCCCUUUACCCUGACGUGGUUCGCCACCAACUGGAACUUUCUGUUCUUCCCGUUGUACUACGCGGGGCACGUCUGCAAGUCGGCGGAGAAGCAGUCGGUGAAGCAGAGAUACAGGGAAUGCUGUCGAUUUUUUGGAGACAAUGGCUUGACUUUGAAGGUGUUUUUUACCAAGGCAGCACCCUUUGGUGUUCUUUGGACACUCACAAACUACCUGUACUUACAUGCAAUAAAGAAAAUAAACACUACGGAUGUCUCCGUGUUGUUCUGCUGCAACAAAGCUUUUGUGUUCUUGCUCUCAUGGAUCGUUCUCAGGGACAGGUUCAUGGGAGUGAGGAUUGUAGCUGCCAUCCUCGCCAUUGCUGGCAUUGUGAUGAUGACCUAUGCUGACGGCUUCCACAGCCACUCUGUCAUCGGCAUCGCGCUGGUCGUGGGCUCCGCAUCCAUGUCUGCCCUCUACAAGGUUUUGUUCAAGCUCCUCCUGGGCAGUGCUAAGUUUGGAGAAGCCGCCUUAUUUCUGUCCAUUUUGGGUGUGUUUAACAUCCUCUUCAUCACCUGCAUUCCCGUCAUCCUCUACUUUACCAAAGUGGAGUUCUGGAGCUCCUUCGGCGACAUUCCCUGGGGAAACCUUUGUGGAUUUUCAGUUCUCUUAUUGACGUUCAAUAUUGUGUUAAAUUUUGGAAUCGCCGUUACUUAUCCCACUCUGAUGUCUCUUGGAAUCGUCCUCAGUGUACCUGUGAAUGCAGUGGUUGAUCACUACACCAGUCAGAUCGUCUUCAAUGGGGUCCGGAUCAUCGCCAUCAUCAUCAUCGGCCUGGGUUUUCUGCUCCUGCUUCUGCCGGAAGAGUGGGACGUCUGGCUGAUGAAGCUGCUCACCCGCCUCAAAGUGAGGAAGAAGGAGGAGCCUGCGGAGGGCGCUGCAGACCUGGGCUCGGGACCUCAGGGCAAGCACCGGAGAACCCGUCCUUCCUUUGCACGCUGAUGCCGCUCUGGACUCGGUGGUGACACCCUCACAGUGUGACUGGGAGGUCUAGUCCUGGCGGAGGAGCCCCAGGGGGUAAGGUGUACAUACCUGUGCAGUCUGGUCAUCCACGGUAAGUCCUAUGGUUUGUAUUGGCAUGUCCAAUUUGCUUGCACUUUCCACAUCAGACCUUCCACUUAACGGUACCAAUUCAAUAUGAAAGAGGAAAGAAGGACCUCUCAGCGCUCAAUCAAUGAAUGUGAAGCGGGUUCAAAUGAUCCUCUGCAGAGAUUGUUUUGGAGGACUGAGGUUCUUGACAAGCCAGGGCAAAUGUUCUGAAUCUUAGCAGCCGAACAUGACAUUGAACACUGUGAUUUUUUUUCAGCUAUGGUAGGUCAUAUUUUGUUUUAUACCAGAGCUGUACUCUUAAUUUUAAGGAAUUUCAAUGAACCAAAAGAUAACUGUCCAUGAAUUUGGUGGAGGGAGGGAGGGAUGGCUGGGAUGUGAAGAGGUGAGAUGGACAUGGAUAAUGGACAUUGAAAACCAUCAGAGGACAGUCUUGUGCCAGGAAACGGGAAGGGACGGAUCAGUCCAAGCCACGCUGGCCGGCUCGCACGUGUCUGCGUAGAUCAUGCAAGAGAAAUUACAGUGCCUUCUACAGAGCCCUCAUCUUACCUAUGUGAAGCGAGGUGACGUGAUAAGUCACUGGCGCCGUCUUCUAAUUUAGAUGUAAAAACUUUAGAAACAAAUAAAACUAUAUGUAUGUGUGUGUGUGUGUGUGUGUGCGUGCAAACACGACAAAGCUGAUGACCAGUGUCUAUGGAACGUGGUCUGUGGGCACAGUAGGCGUUUAAGGUAGAUGGUGCAGCGGGGCGAUUGCUGGUUGCUUUUACUUCCCAACCAAGACUGAAAAACUAUUUACUGAAUCUGUAAACCUUUUUAUCAGACUUUCAAGCACCAGGCUGUUUACUUACACACUUUAGGUCUGCCAGAAAAUUCUAUCUGUGAUAGAUCUGUAAAGAGGGACGGGGGUUAGAGUUUACUAUUUUUGAAGUUUACAUUGUUACAUAUGAAAUGGAAACAUUAUUUUGAAAUGUUGUCAUAACCCAAUGGUGCAUUCUGUAACCAUGGAGUCUUCUGUUUCCUGUGGGAAAGGGGCAUUCAUGACCUGAACUUUUUAGCAAAUUACUAUUCUGUCUCCAUUACCUGUUUGGCCAAACAGAUUAAUAAAAUAUUUGAAAAAGAAGCA